CUAGCGAGAAAUCACAAACAGAAACAAAGCCGAUUGUUGAUCGAGGAAAAGAAAGUGAUCUAUCCACUGGAAAUCUCAAGAAAAAUUGGUUGAAGAAGCAAAAAAUACCGGUUGAAUUUCGUCCUGGGAGCCAUACUACUAUAGCAGUUUGGAAUUUGGAAUCUGCCCAAAAAAUUAGAGAAAUGGCAUUGCGUGCUGGUCGUUUAAUUCAAGAUCAGAGUUUGAAUGUUCACUAUAAUGGAGUUUCUGUUGGGGGGCAGAAAAACGUUUCGAAAGCACCAAAAAAAGGAGGGACUGCAGGAAGGAAACCGCUUGGUGAUUUAUCAAAUUCGGUGAACCCUAUUCAAAAGCAGGCACCAAAAAAGCAGAAUGGCAAUGGUUUCUCCAUUGCUGACCAAGAGACCAUUACUACUUCUAAGAUCCCAGUUGCUGCAAACAGAAAAAAGAGCGUUUCUAAUGCCUCCGAGAGAGUGCUGCAGAAUGCUUCCAGGAAAGCUCUUUCUGAUAUUUCAAACUCGGUCAAGCCUUGCAUGCGUGUGACUGCAGAGAAAAAUCUGAAUGCAAAGCGAAGCAUUAUGAUAGAAGAGGAAUGUUUUCUUCACAACCAUCAGGAAUGCAUCAAAGCCCAAAAACAAGCUAUGCAUAUGGAUGAGUUUCUGCAGAUGGUUGGACUGGACAAGGAUUUCCCCAGACAAUCAACACUUUCAAAGACUCCUCCAAAGUCAAACAAGACAAAGCCUAAGAGUUCCCUGGAGAGCUUAGAACCACUGGAGAUACCUGGGCUGCUGAUUGAAGACCAAUCUCCUCUGAAGCACAACUUGUGCAGCAAACUUGUCUCUCCAUCUGCUACCAGAACUCCAGAACCGCCUAAUCAUUUUGUGCAUUGGGCUGACCAUGACAUCGUCAGCUUUAGGUUGAUUGAAACACCCCACCUUCCAAAGCAUUGAUUGCCCUUGAAUCUGCAUCACUGCUACAUGAGUAGUAUAUAAGCAGCAGCCGCUUUUAGUAGUAGUAGUAGUACAUAAUUGUUGUAUGCAAUUAUGUGUUGCAGUGGGAUUAAUUUGAAUGAAAACGUUUUGCAUACUAGAAUCUCAAAGUAUUUCUAUCCGGAAAUCUUUUGAUUUCUUUAGUUCAAAUUUUUGGAAGGAAAAUCAGAUGGCAACCUUUUUGUAGAAUCUGAGAUUGAAGCUGGAACUCUCCUGUUCUAGUUCUUCUUGUACUUGUUGCUUUAGUCAAGUGAUUCUAUAAAGUGGCAACCCCUUUGUAAAUCUUACUAGUACUUCUUUACUUCGCAUAGAUGAUCAGUUCUGAAGAAGUAAAUUGUGGAUCAAUCAAGGAAAGUAUGAUCAAAAUGAAAUUGCAAUACAUGGGAACAAUAGCAUAACCUGUACGUCUGUUUGGGCAUUUCUACAUGUUGGGAGCCUAUGUAUCUAUCAGCCUUUUUUUCCCCCGAAAAUGGGCCUAACAGCCCAUCAACCAUGUCAGGAACCUUGAAUUUAAUAUCUCUUCGGGCCUUUUAGCCCACCAGUUCAUUUUAGGAAGCCCAACCAGUGCGCAUGAUCUGUUUAGAAAACAUUAUUCAAAC